UACGGGUCCUUUAAGACUAAAGUAAACAGGUUUGGCAGGUGUGUCGGAAGUGUAUGCUCUCCCUUUUAAACUUCUCUUACCUGCACCAGGUGAGACUACAUAAAAGUCAACUUAAAACUUCGAGAAGCUUCCAAACCUGGUGAAUAAAGUCGGUUUUUGAUAAAAUGAAUAACCCUAUUCCUGCUAACCUAAAGUCUGAGGCCAAGAAGGCCGCCAAGAUCCUCAGAGAGUUCACAGAAAUAUCCAACAGAAUGGGGCCUGACAAACUUAUUCCAGCCCAUGUCAUUGCCAAGGCUCAGGGACUCGCCAUCCUGUCAGUCUUCAAAGCAGGUUUCAUGAUCACUGCGAGGGGUGGCAGUGGGAUAGUGAUCGCAAGACUCGCUGAUGGAAGAUGGUCUGCUCCUUCAGCAAUUGGUAUUGCUGGACUUGGUGGAGGAUUUGAAAUUGGUUUGGAGUCUUCAGAUUUUGUCAUCAUCUUGAAUCAGAGGAGAGCUGUGGAUGCUUUUAGUAAAGGAGGCAAUCUUACACUUGGAGGAAACUGCACUGUGGCUGUUGGGCCUCUUGGCAGGAAUUUGGAGGCAGAUGUGGCGUUUCGCAGUACAGCGGCUGUCUACUCGUACUGCAAAUCUCGUGGUCUCUACGCUGGAGUGUCUCUUGUCGGUUCUUACCUCAUCGAACGCAAAGAAACCAACCGAAAGUUCUAUGGCCAAGACAUUCGUGCUUCUGCUAUUCUCAAUGGAGAUGUGGAACCCCCACCUGAAGCAUAUGAUUUGUACACCAUUUUGCAGGACUACACAGAGAAAUACACCACCGACUGGCAGAACAAACACAUGCAAGCUUCAAGCAAGAUGAGUUCAGCACCAUCUAGACCAAGGCCUCCCACACAGAGAGCUGCCUCCUCUUACACACCCAGGACACAGGCUCCUGCAUCUGUGAAGCCAGUUCUUUAUCCGAGCUUAGACAGCUGGGAUACCGAAAGUUCAGAUCAAGCAUCAGGCGGUGCUCUAGUGGUCACAGCUGUGCAUCCGUUCACUGGCCAGCAGCCCGGAGAUCUGAGCUUUGCUGCAGGAGACCGCAUCACUGUUAUCACCAAAACUGAUUCCCAGUACGACUGGUGGGAGGGAGAACUAAGAGGGCAGGUUGGGAUCUUCCCAGCCAAUUUUGUGUCCUACAGCUGAAGGUACUUAAGAUGGCAAAAAAAGCUCAAUUUGAUGACAAACAGUAUCUGGUAUUGAAGGGUCCUUUUCCUUUGCACAGUUUGAAAUGACGUUUAUGAUGGUGUGUAUAUUUUUAGGAGCACAAGCGUUGUAUGAAGGGAUGAAAAGGGGUGUUUUUUUCAGUCUUCCUGCCAUUGGUAAAAUAUUUAUUUUAUUUUAUUUUGUUCCGUUUGGUUAUUGGUUUGUGGGUAAAGAGUUUCUAUUGUACAGAUUUUUUAAAUUAUGCUAUACUUUAGAAAUUCAUUUAUUAUUUUCUUAUGCAGACAGUAAUUAUCACUGAAACACAUAAAAAGUGAUUGUGGUGUUUUAAGUGCAGUUGCUCCAGGUAUUUGAAAUAUGAUAGCACAAUGGUUUGCCAUCGACAAAAACACAGUAACACAAUUACGUUGUGCCAUUUUUUUCCUCUGAUAAUAACACUGAACAGUUGUUGCGAACAAAUGUUACUACACGUAAUAACAUUUAAAAUGGUUAUGAAAACUAUAGAGAUGCCUUAUUUAAAGUGUAAUGAACUAUAAACACAAAUCUGACUUGAAAAAAUGUUUCUUUUUUUUAAAGGAAGUGUUUGCUCUCUGUGCCUUAAUCAAAUUUAUUGCUCUUUGCACAAAUGUUAAUCAAACAUGAAUGACUGUUUUCCUAUUGAUUUUAAAUGUCUAUAAAUGUAUAUUAGUUCUAAUAAAGAUAAUUUCCUAAAUUAA